GAAAGAGCAAGACUCUGUCUCUAAAAAGAUAAACUAAAAUUGCAUGUCUUGGGUACUUCACCAUGGCUCCCUUUCCUGAAUACUUAUCUUACAUGCUGCGUGUUUUAUUGAUCUCAUCAGUCUCUCCCAUCCCAACCCUUGUACUAAACUGCCCAAGGGCAGCUCUCGUCACUGCUGGAGAACCGAGUCCCACAGAGUCAAUGGCUAAAAAACAGUUAAUGAAAUAACGGAUGAUGGGCAGGCGGUACUAAGUUCACCUUAAGUGUGAGUGAGUGGAAGACUAGCCCUGCAGAGAUUCAGUGACUUGCUGGCGGUUGCUGAGCUGCCACGAAGUUCAGCCUGGUUGCAGUGCUCCAGGCUGUGACUCAAUCAGUCACUGCUGAUGCUCACGGGACCUUCACCAGCUUAGUCCCAGAGGGCAAGGAUUUUAACCCCCCACCUCCAUUUCCUUAUCUGUAAAAUGCAAAUAUGGAGCUGUGUAACGCCCGGAACAGUGCCUGCUGCACAGAGGCUCGCUGCCAGCUCCCUCUCCCUCCUUGCCUCUUACCUGCCUGCUGCCUGGGACUGGAUGAACAGGUGCCUUUGUGUUGCUCUGACCCUGGCUGCCCGCCAAGGGCCCAUGUGACCUGCCUGGCAGAGGAAUUCCUUUGGGAAGAACCAGGGCAGCUUCGGUCCAUAGAGGGCCGAUGCCUAGAUCACUCCAAGCUUGUCUCCAGCUGGCGGACUAAGGAGGGCAAUGGAGAAGCUCCCCAACCCCCAAACCCACCUCUUCCUCCUGGGAGCAAAACUAACUCUGGCCUGGCUCCAGAUCCCUCCCACACUGGACUUAGGAAACCCUCAGCACAGAUAACAGCCCUGCAUUCCCCACACCGCACCCACACUCAGCCACUGCGGGCGAGGAGGGCCAGACUCCCGAAAGCUCAGGUGGUCUAUGUUGCCCGCAACGCAAAGGACGUGGCCGUUUCCUACUACUACUUCCAUCGCAUGAUGAAGGUGCUCCCUGACCCUGGGACCUGGGACAGCUUCCUGGAGAAGUUCAUGGCCGGAGAAGUGUCCUACGGGUCCUGGUACCAGCACGUGCGGGAGUGGUGGGAGCUGAGCCGCACACACCCUGUUCUCUACCUCUUCUAUGAAGACAUGAAGGAGAACCCCAAAAGGGAGAUUCGGAAGAUCCUGGAGUUUGUGGGGCGCUCCCUGCCAGAGGACACCCUGGACUUCAUCGCUCAGCACACGUCAUUCGAGGAGAUGAAGAAGAACCCCAUGACCAACUACUCCACCCUCCCCAAGGAGUUCAUGGACCACAGCGUCUCCCCCUUCAUGAGGAGAGGCACGGCUGGGGACUGGAAAACCACCUUCACCGUGGCGCAGAAUGAGCGCUUCGAUGCGGACUAUGCGGAGAAGAUGGCAGGCUGCAGCCUCAGCUUCCGCUCCCAGCUGUGACAGGGGCUCCCGGGGUCGCUGCAGAGGGAGUGUGCGAGUCAAGCCUGACCAGGGGGCUCAAGAAUAAAGUGUUAUUUGUGUUCAAUGCA